AUGACCGGCUUGCCUUUGAAGUUGCUCUUCAGCGCGACGGAUGAGGCGCAUGACCUAUACGCUGCCUCUACCGAGAUUGCUCAACAGGCAGGAGCGACUGCGGAAGAACCUCUCAAACUCCUCGCUUAUGCACAGUCUGCUUUAACUCGCGGUGGGCCCGACCUCUGCUUGAAUCUGAGCCAUGCUCUUCGUGUUAUCAAGUGCAUCGCGACAGUAUCUGUUCCUACUACGUGGGCGGAGAAUCUCCAAUCGCUCUCAUUUCUUGAUACCCGUGCAUUCAUCUGGGGCUCCUUUGAGCUUGCGUGUGCGUAUCUUGCACGCGACACAGCUCUGGAGGAUAACCCGAUUAUCGCUCUCGAUGCUCUGUUCAUUAUGCACGAGACAAUGCGCCACUUCGAGGACCCGAAGUCUGUCCACCAUUAUAAGGGGCAUGACCGAGAGUUUAGGAAGUGCUCAGAGUCUGUGUGGCGUACCCUGUGGGCCGGAAGAGAUCGCCUCCUAUCGUCAGACGGUAUAGUCGACACGAUGCGGUGGUACAUAGGCACGCAACUUCUACACACUUGGGCCACACUGUGCAAAAGCUUUCGGUGCCUUCCGGCAUGGGGUACCUCCGACGUUUUCUGGCUGGUCACCUUCCUGUGGAUGAACCAACCAAACACUGAAGUAGAAGAUCCGGCUCCUCUUCUGGCUUGCAUUCAGAUACUGGACUCGAUCGGAUCAAAGUCCUCCGUCGAACUCUACGGUGCAGACCGUUCCGCUCGACUCGCUGCAAUCAUCGAUCAACUCGCGGAUACCUACGGGUUGGACGCUGUGCUUCGCCGCUUCAAAGAGUCUCUCGGUUAUGGCAACAUCUCCGUUGGGAGACAGCACAUGGUUCGAGCGCUUGCGUAUCAAUACGGCAUGCUGGUUCCAUCGCUGCGUUGCCGACUAUGGGAUGCAGGAGUAAUGGAAGCGUACAUCCAGUCCAAUCGGCGGAAACAAGGGACCGAAUACUGGGGCACGUACGAUGUUGACGUCAUGUUCCAUAUGAUCCUAGCGCUCGUGAAGGCCAAUGACGGCUCUGAGAUACGCCACGACAUCGUCGAUACGCUCAUCACGAAGGAGCGCUUGGGGCGGUACUUCCUACUUCCUGGACUCUGGUCGCUCCUAGAGAGCUUAUGCAUUCCUCACGGAGAUGGCAAGAACCCACCGGGACGGACAGAGAUCAACAUCUUACGUCUUAUCUCCAAGAACGCGAAACACAAUAGGACGGCAGAGAAGGGCACACCCGGUUGCGCAGCGUUGGACACGCUCAAAGCAGACGUAUCGCCCUACUGGCAUGUCAUGAACAAUGCGAUCCAGGACUCGAAGCCCAUACAGUUCGAAGCUUUCAGGCAGAUGGGACACGUCGGUCGAGCCUGGCAACAGCUCGGCGAGGCGCUGGAGAUCAACACGCAACGCGCACCCCGACUGAUUGAGGGCUAUAUCCCUGCGGCACACCCGUUCUGCGCGUGGCCUCUCUGCGUAUAUCACACCCAAAAGCCCCCUCGUGGGCUCAAGGCUUGUAAGGGAUGCGCUGAGGUUCUGUACUGUGGGAGGCAAUGUCAAACCAGUGAUUGGAAGCUAAAUGACCACAAGGCCCGUUGUCGCCGCUUGAAGGGAUGA